GCACCACCAAUGUCGUGGCCUGACGGCGUGGCGUGAGGCUCACCCAGUAUCUCGUCGUUGUUCAGGGGGCUAUCGCUGACCCGGAUAUCGUCCGGGUCGACUUUCCGAGCCUGUGCCGAGACAAAGUCCAAAUCGGCGCGGAGAAAUGCGUAGGCAAGGGCCGCUUCAACCGAAAUGGUUUGAUUCUCACCACCGUCUGUGAGGUUAAAAUGCUCUGGCUGAAAACGACGAAAGUAGCCACCAAUUGAGUCUCUGUACUCUUGCACCAGACCCUUCUUCAACUUGAUGGCCUUUUCAUAGUCCGAUACUUCGACAGGCUCGGACUCGGCACUGGGCAGAGGAUCUCCAUGCCGUGGGGCUUGCCGUGUGUUACCAUCACGUUCUGGAAGCUGGGCAUCGCCCUUCACCUCAUCAGGCUUUUUCAUGUUUACGUUAUCAAGGGCUUGCUCCUUGGUAACGGGCCUUCUGGAUACUUCCCAAGGGUUCUUUUUCCGCAGGCUGCUCUGGAGGCCAAAUUCAGAUGAUGCCUCUUCAAUGUAGCCAUGCAACUCAUCUCGAAGAAAAUGGGAACACUGAACUCCUCCAUGCCCGUCAAAAACUCCAAAGUAGAAUACCUGAGGAUCUCCAAGAGCGCUGUCUGCCGCAGUGGGCUCUCCCGGCUUCUGCCUCACGCUUGUCGGCGCCCUCUUUGCAAAAGCCGGCAUGUCAACAAUCCCCGCCUGGUCUGAAUCCUCGUUAUAAGGACGAUUGCCUCGGGCAGUUGCUGUACCAAAGUGAUGCUUAGCCCGCCGCAAAGGUAUCCUCACGACAGUCAUGUUUUGACUAGGCAUGUUUGGUAUCGAGACAGCGGGGGAAGACCCGGGACUUGGGGUAUGGGGUGUCGAGGCAUCGCGGGGGAGCUUGUGGCCGGACCCGUAUAGCCGGCCAGAGUCUGGAUGUAGGGAGGAAGACGGCAGAUGAGUGACAAAGUACGUAUGGAAAUCCCGCCUGGUAGCCGGCAGCGCAUGUCUUGGAGGCAAGUCAACGAUGGUGUCGCGAGAUACCCCGCGGGCUCCGCAUAGCCGUGUCUGUGCGGGACACGACCUUGCUCUCGUCGCUAGAGCCGUAUAUCGAUUUGGGCGGACUGCUGCGCUCUCCUUCUGAAGCCGCAGAGCAUCAUCUGGCAGAUUCAACGGAGUGCCCACGCGAGAGGUUCGCAAAGCGGUCGGUAUCGCGGGGAUCGGAACAGCGUCGGGGGAGAUGUGGGCGGCAGCUCUCGAUGCCGAGCCUAGCGCUUUAGUGGCCAAGUUCGCCAUUGAGAGUGAAGACUGUGUGCGCUGCCCGAAGCUCGAGACGCUCAAUCCCAAGCAUUCGGAGACGUUUUCGGAGUCGGGUCGCUGUCAAUUUGCCGUCGCUCACAGCCAUGGGCUCGCCGUUGGGGACGCAGAAGGAGGAAGGACGAAUGUCUCGGGCAAAGAAAGCCUGGUCGUUUUGUCGAGAUAGCCGAACGGCUUUAUGCGGCUCAGUGAGAGAGUCUUGCACGUCAAUAUGAGAGUUCUUGGUAAUUUCGAAAACGAAAUAUCGUGUUUGGGCGUUGAAAGGAGAGCAACAGGGUUGGGAAUGAGGAGAUUGUAGACAGCAAGCUUGGAAGGAAAAUUACUCGCGGGCUACAAGCGGACAAAGAAAGGCCAGAGGAGUUGCGCGCCAGCGGCAGCAAGCUCGGCAACGUCUGUGCUGGUAACGCCCGAAGUUUAGUAGGAGUGACUCCAUGCAGAGGCUAAUUUGGGUCCAGCCUUCAGUUCAAUCAACCACCUGCAGCCCAAUACCCGUGCUCAAUAUACAAUACAUAUGUAGCCAAAUACUUCCACCGCCUUCUAUGAAAAUUUUUAAAGAAAAAAAAAAAAUCUUCUCGAUUGAUGCCCAAGCUGUGCAUCUACUGGCCAAGCCAUGUCCAAGCUCUAUCGCACUGAUAUGUCGACGAGGCAAGCAGAGAUUCGAUGUGAUAUCAUUUCCGACCGAUUUGCCAAGGGCCCCCUGCAGGCUCUCAAGCAGUGCGGCAACGCAGGGGUGCAGCGCGUGUGGAUGGUGGACGCAGCGCUGGACUUUGGUGCCUGGCCGCCGACACAGGCCACUGCGCAGGCAGUGCAGCGCAUCUGCGUUGAGUAAUCGUCGCUGUUGAUGCCCGGCCAUGCUUAGCCCACAGCGGCAGCGGCACUGCGAUGCGAUGGCACUAAUCGCCUUUUGGCGCUGACCCAGGCAUCGAAG